AUGAAUGCGCGCGCGUUUGAUUCUCGCGUUUACGUCUUUUCUCGAUGGAUUGUGCGCUCGCGGAGUGGUCGUCUUUCUCUCUUUAUUCAUCACCAUCGCGCGACGCGCUGGAAAUUUUCGGUUUUGGCUUUCUGUCGUGCUCUCGCUGCUUUUGCUCUCUUCCUGAGGGCCAAGCUCUCGUUUAUGCGCGUAUGUAAUAAUAUACUAACCAACUCUCUCAUCAUCAUCAUCAUCAUCUACAGACACGAACUCGGACGACAACCGGCGAACACGAAGCUCGCGGCCGCGAAGGACGUUCGACAAGUGCGAUGCAGAGGCGGCAACAUCAAGUUUCGCGCCUUGCGUCUCUCCGAUGGUAACUUUUCCUGGGGUAGCGAAAACGUCACGAGAAAGGCGAGAAUUGUCGACGUCGUGUACAACGCGACCAAUAACGAAUUGUUGAGAACGAAGACGUUGGUGAAAUCGGCUGUCGUUGCCAUCGAUUGCGCGCCGUUCAGAGCGUGGUACGCGCAACACUACGGGAAGAAGAUUGGGGUCAAGGAGCGCGCCGGGCAGUUGACGGAGUCGGAGGACAUCGACGACGUGAAGAGAUCAAAGAACGUUCAAUCGAAGCUUUCAACGAGAAACAAGGGUCACGAAGUCGCGAAGAACGUCAAAUCGCAGUUCCAAUCUGGUAGAUUGUUUGCUUUGAUCACGUCUAGACCGGGUCAGUGCGGACGCGCGGAUGGGUACGUUUUGGAGGGAAAAGAGCUUGAUUUCUACGUCAAGAAAAUGCAAAAGAAGAAGCACGCGGCAGCAGAAGCUGCAGCGGCCAAGGCGUCUGGAGCUUAA